AUGCCCCCAGCCCACCUGGCUCUUGGAAUGGGGCCCCACACAGAUCAAUGCCUCAUUGGGGUCCUCAUGGAUAACAAUGUUGAUGGUCUACAACUAAGGCACGAGGGUAAAUGGGUCACUGUUCCACAUGUGCCUGCCGCCCUCGUGGUUUUCCUAGGUAAGUCCAUGGAAAGGGCAAGUGAUGGGAGGUACAAGGCUGCAGAACACCAAGUAGUGCCUGACCAUAGCUAUCAAGAAGUUCUCCGCCACCAAAGUCGCCUUGCCAAUGAUGAGAUCAUUCACCUCUGGCCCUCGGAACCCUUCAACUAUAGGGAUGUGGCCAAAGCAUUCUUGGAGGCAACCUGGCAACUAGCUACGAGGUUGGAAAGGGCCAUUUAUGAAAGUUUAGGCAAAGACGAGUAUGUAGAAGGCAUGAUAAGAGAAGGGUUUCAAUACAUGUUAUGCAACUAUUACCCGUCAUGCCCCCGGCCCCACCUGGCACUUGGAAUGGGGCCCCACACAGAUCAAUGCCUCCUCAAGGUCCUUAUGGAUAACAAUGUUCAUGGUCUACAACUAAGGCACGAGGGUAAAUGGGUCAUUGUUCCACAUGUGGCUGCCGCCCUAGUGGUUUUCCUAGGUAAUUCCAUGAAAAGGGUAAGUGAAGGGAGGUACAAGGCUGCAGAGCACCAAGUAGUGGUAAAUGAGAAAACAACUCAAAUUUCAUUGGCAGUUGGCAAUGGGCCUGAGAUCAGAGGUUUUGACACUAUGGUUCAUAUUUAG